GGAGGGGCUGGCUCACUGCAACUGGACAGGAAGUGAUGUUACAUUGAUUGUGAAGAGGGUUAAUGCAACAAAUGGGUCGAAAGGAUUUUGUAAACCCAAUUUAGUGAGUUUUUUGUUGUUGUUAAUCAACCAAUUGUCAUCGCUUUUGAGAGGGCGCUUCUACACGAAACACCAAUAAGAAAGUUACGCACAUACACUGGUCUGAAAUAAGCACUCACUAUGUCUGAUGGGGACUAUGAUUACCUCAUCAAAUUCCUAGCCCUUGGUGAUUCUGGAGUGGGGAAAACCAGCUUUCUGUACCAGUACACAGACAAAAAGUUUAACUCUAAAUUCAUCACUACAGUGGGCAUUGAUUUCAGAGAAAAACGAGUGGUAUACAAAUCAAAUGGUCCAGAAGGGGCAGCAGGCAGAGGACAGAGGAUUCAUGUUCAGCUGUGGGACACGGCAGGGCAGGAGAGGUUUCGGAGUUUGACAACAGCUUUCUUCCGAGAUGCGAUGGGCUUCCUCCUCCUCUUUGACCUCACCAAUGAGCAGAGUUUCCUUAAUGUCAGAAAUUGGAUGAGUCAAUUACAGAUGCAUGCUUACUGCGAGAAUCCAGAUGUUGUUCUCUGUGGCAACAAGUGUGACCUGCAGGAGCAGAGGGCAGUCCGUGAAGAUGAGGCCCGUGAGUUGGCAGAGAAGUAUGGAAUCCCUUACUUUGAGACAAGUGCAGCUAAUGGGCAGUUUGUUAGCCAGGCUGUGGAUGUCCUGCUGGACCUCAUCAUGAAGAGGAUGGAGCGCUGUGUGGACAAGUCCUGGAUCCCUGAUGGAACCGUGCGAUCCAACGGACACAGUGGUCACACAGACAUCACAGAGCCCAAGACCCAGGAGAAGGGCAAAUGUGCUUGUUAGGGUCCACAUACAGAUAGUGGUUACACCUUCAGUUCCCUUCAGUGAUGUUUUGGUAGGGCUGUAUGGCAUGUGAUGAAAGGCAUGUAACAUUUGUAAAUCAAUGGUGUCAUAGGAAGUUUUGUCAAGAUGGGGGGUUAUGAUGUGCAAAGCUGAAAGUAACCACUAACCCCUGCCAAAUGUACGAGAGCAUUAUUAUGUUUUGUUAAUUUGAUUUUGCCAUUUGGAGUGGUGCCUCUCCCAUUCACGUGUCAAUUAAGUGCCUUUUAUGUUUUCAUUUCAGAUAAUAUUAUAUGCAUUUUACAUUGUGAAACAUAAAAGUGUAAUUGUAACUACUUUCUAAGAUCCAGUAGAAUUGUGAGAAGCCACUGAAAGUUGUAUUAGUUGAGAACACUUCCCUGUGUAUUAUUACAUUUAACUUUUUGACACAGGAUAUUUUUGUGACAAUGCACUUCCAUUUAUUCUUGUACAAUGUAAAAGUCCUGAGCACAUGCAAUCUGUAGUGAAUAGAGUGAUUUAUUGUAUAGGUCUGCUCUGUAGUAUCUGAGUAGCAGAGUCAUUUGGGGUCUUUCUUUUUAUCACGAUGUUGGGAUCUUGGGUCUAUCAGAAAUGUUUGAGGUUCCACGUAAAUCAAUGCUGAUUUUGUUACACAAUGUGCAUUAAAUCUGCUGUAUUCUGUCAAACACUUUUGUCAAAUAUGUUAACCAUAUCCUUUAUUCCAGAAAAUAAAUAUAUUUUAUUAUUUAUUAAA